AUGCCAACAGAUCACGAGGAGCCCUGUGGCCCCAGUCUCAGGUCAUUUUGCCUGAAUGGGGGGAUUUGUUAUGUGAUACCUACUAUUCCCAGCCCAUUCUGUAGGUGCAUUGAGAACUAUACGGGAGCUCGUUGUGAAGAAGUUUUUCUCCCCAGUGCCAGCAUCCAAAGCAAAAGUAACCUGUCGGCAGCUUUGGUGGCCCUGGUGAUCCUAAUCACGCUCACCAUCGCAGCACUCUGCUUCCUGUGCAGGAAGGGCCACCUUCAGAGGGCCAGUUCAGCCCAGUGUGAGGUCAGCCUGGUGGAGAGAACCAGUCCCAGUGCCCACCACAGUCACAGAGAUCACUGAAGACACACCCAGUGAAGGGCAUUAUUUCUGUCACCUCACACAGGCAGGAAGUGAACCGUAUGGUGAGAGAAGGUCGCCUUGUCUCCUCCUGUUCCCAAGUUCAGCUCUCCCUGGUGAUCUGACAACCAACCACUGAUGGCUUCACUUUGUACUUUCCCGACUGACGCUGCGACCAUACAUACAGAGCCACACAAGGAGGAGGACCGCCCAGAGCUGUAAAACACUUCCACGGCAUACUGAAGGAGCCCAACUCUGAUGUUCUCAAAGGACAAUAAAUACAAGUUUAGUUCUUGACUGCACACAGAACUGUGUUCAGUGACCUCUC